CAGAUGCAUUCUGUCAAGAUUUUUUAUUGGUACGUUUUAAUCAUCACCUUUUGGUUCCUCCAAAAUACUAUGGCAUUUCCAAAAAUCGUCUUUGCCGUAAUUUACGUUUUUUCUUCAAGUAUCAGUAUCCAAGCCACCACUGUCACUCCCUGCACCGCGGUCGGUGAUAUUCCUCUUCCUGAUAAUGUGGAAAUUGAAAACUGCGUCGAACCACCCUGCAUAUUCCCGAUCAAUAGUACCAUUAACAUUGCAAUGAACUUCACGUCACCACGAAGAUUAGAUCGCAUUGUUCCACAAGCUAUCGGCGAAACAUCCAACUUGGUUAUAAGUCUUCCUCUAGAACAAGAAGAUGCUUGCGAUGGCAUAGUCAACACAGAGUGUCCUCUGGAAGCAGGCCAAGAUGUAGAAUAUAAGUCGCAACUGUCUGUCUCUUCUGAUUUUGGAGAAAUACAGUUUGCCCUGGAGUUUUUCCUCUUGGACGUGGAUGAAGACAGUUUUUUUGAGUGUUUUAGGGCUGACAUGCAGAUGGUUCAAACAUAUUAAAUGUCUUCGUUCUUCGACAGGCAACAGUUGGUGUAGUUUUAGAGGGGAUUAGAGUAGCACCAAAUUUAAAAUAAAAAUAUACAGACAUUC